UCAAAAUGGCGGAUGUUAGUGUUGUUUGGAGAAGAGGUGGAGUGCACAAAACUUCUCCACUUUAAGCUACUAAAAACCACUUUGAAUGUGUUCUGUCUCCAUGCCAUUGUCGCCAAAUGGUGGACAAUAUGGUUGGAGGCAGCCGAACUCCACCGAAGUUCAUUAUGGGGGCCAGCGUGGAGGAAAUUGUACAUGAGAACGACGUUGAUCAUCAACUGCAGCACCCGUGGCUUGACGAUGAUCCUACUAUUUUAUUCCAUAGAAUUGACUCAGACCAAAUUAUCUAUUCUCCUAAAGCUAAACGAGCCAAGAAGAUAGGGAAGUAUUUAAUGGGAGAUGUGCUCGGAGAAGGCGCUUAUGGAAAAGUUAAAGAAAUGCUUGAUUGCGAAAAUUUAAGACGAUGUGCUGUCAAAAUUCUUACAAGACGAAGGUUGAGAAGAAUACCAAAUGGAGAACUAAAUGUAAAAAGGGAAAUUCAGUUGCUGAAACGGUUGCACCACAAAAAUGUGAUCCAGUUGUACGAUGUAAUAUAUAAUGAGGAAAAGCAAAAAAUAUACAUGAUAAUGGAGUACUGUGUGGGAGAGCUACAGGAAAUGCUUGAAAGUGUAGAUGAUCAUAAAUUUCCUAUACCUCAAGCCCAUGGGUACUUUCAUCAAUUGAUUACAGGCUUAGAAUAUCUACACAGUCAGGGAAUUGUUCACAAAGAUAUUAAACCUAGUAACCUUUUAUUGACGACUGACCGAACGCUAAAGAUUUCUGACUUUGGAGUCGCAGAGAGAUUAGAUACAUUUACAGCUCACGACACAUGUAGAACAAGUCAGGGAUCUCCUGCCUUCCAGCCACCAGAAAUCGCUAAUGGAGUAGAGACAUUUUCUGGAUUUAAAGUGGAUAUAUGGGCUUCAGGAGUUACUUUGUAUAAUAUAACUACAGGGGCUUACCCCUUUGAAGGUGACAAUAUUUACAAGUUGUUUGAGAGUAUCGGUAAAGGAGAGUUCAGCAUACCAGAUUCUGUAGAUGAUUUAUUAGCUGAUCUUCUUAGAGGAAUGUUAAAUUCCAACCCUAAUAAGAGAUUCACUAUACAACAAAUACGCCAUCACAGGUGGUUUCGAAAGAAUCAUCCCAAAAUUGAACCAUUUGUUCCUAUACCACCAUUAAAUGAUAAUGAACUGCGUAGCAUGUCAGUAGUACCUUACCUAGAGGAUUUACACUCUGAGGAUAAUCACCUGGACAUUCCAAACCAAGAAUACAAUGAUGAAGGACUAGCUUUCUCACAAGGCAGCUCAUUAGAUGACCUGAAAUCUUCCUCGUCAAACAAGAAAAGGCCAAAAUUAAAGAAACCUAGCAUUGGAUCAUGCAAAACACAAUGAAUAAUGUACAAUUAUUGAUACCACAUUUUUAUUUUGGCUCUAACUUAUCUUAAAAGUAAAUAGCCUGUGCUAUGAUGAACAUAUACAUUCUCUUUAAUGCACAUUGGCAAUGUUGGAACAUUCAAGUAAGGAGAAUUUAAGUCUCAAUCUGACAAACACUGUUAGUUUUAUAAUGAUAUUAUGCAAGGCAUCUCACUAAUCACAAUUAUUAUAAUGAUGGCGAAAUUCUUAACUUCAGAUAUAAGUAAUUUUUAAAAGUUAAAGUUUCAAUAUUUAUGUAAAUAGGAGAACUAUUUGAGUUUAUUUUGUCAGACUCUAAACUGAAUAAAUCAGUGGUUUGUCGUUACGAA